UUUAUUCUGUGUUGCCCCCUUUAUUCCUGCCAGCAGCCAGCGGGAGGUGUCAUGGAAGCUUGAGAGCCUUUUCUUCUAAGCACCUGAACCCUUGCUUCUCCAUCCUCAGACAGAGUGCAGGAAUAUGGCGGAAUUGUCCCAGAUGGAGAGGAGCAUAGAGACUAUCAUCAACGUCUUCCACCAGUAUUCUGUGCGGCUGGGGCACCCGGACACCCUGAACCAGAAAGAAUUCAAACAGCUGGUGCAAAAAGAGCUGGCAAACUUCCUCCAGAAUAAGAAGAAGGAUGAGAGAGCCGUAAAUCGUAUCUUGGAGGACCUGGACACAAAUGAAGACAAGGAGCUGAACUUCGAGGAGUUCAUCACCCUGGUGGCCCGGCUGACGGAAGCCUCUCAUGAGACGAUGCAUGAGAAUGCCCCUGAUCCAUAUCACCACAGCCAUGGGCCAGGCCUUGGGGAGGGUGGCCACUGCCAUAGCCAUGGUGGCCAUGGCCACAGCCAUGGAGGCCACGGCCACAGCCACUAAUCAGGAGGCCA